GUGAAUGGGUAUUAAAGACGGCAUGCUAGAGGGGCAGAAAAAGACGGAGAGCAGCUCAACAUGUCCCUGUGAGAACAGCACAGUGUGAGCUUCUUACAGCAAGCUGUCAACGGAGGAUUACAUUUCUGUAUUGGGGGAAGCAAAAAGCGUGCAGAGAGAUCACAACAAUGCUGGCAUGAGGAGAAGAGCCGAGGACAUUUGUGAGGAGCUGAGAUGAAAUCUGGAAGGCACAAGCAAAUUCUGUGAUUGCAUGUGCAGUUUGUGGAGGACACAAGCAACGGAGAGGCAGAGAAGAGGAUGUGUCAACACAGUAAAGGGAAACACAUUGUGAAGCAGAGGAAGUGAUGUCUGAGGUUGAAACCAUGCUCUGCUAGCUUCACACGUCUGCACGUCAUCGCUGGCUGGGACACACACACACACACACACACACACAUACCGAGCCCCGCAGACCUUUGCUGAGGAUGUGCACUAGAUGAAGACAGACAGAGGACAUGGAGAGGAAGGAUAUGAGUGAAGAAGAAAACAUUUAAAAAGGGAAUACAGUGGAGGAUGCAGCCGUGGUCUCUAAGGGCACAGAGCUUGUUGGUCGGCCGUGAACAGAGAGUCACAACGAGGCGUACCUGACUGGGAAUCGAGUUUCAGUCAGUCCACAUACAGUCAUAGUCAUUCUGCUGGAUGCAUCCUAUACCAUUUAUGAUGAGAGUAAUCAAGUAUGUCAGAACUUAAGAUGUUUACCGAGAGAUUGGAAUCAUCUCUGGAGCCUUCACGGCUGUUAUUUUAUUCCAAGACAGAAGGUUGUGCUGAAUAUUUUAGUGAAUGAGGAACCUAUCGAACGGAGAUCUGCUGGCAGCGCUUGAGAAUUUCAGUGUUCAUGGCUAGAACAAGAAACAUUUGUGCCAGUCACUUGAGUUCCCCGAAAACUCCUGACUUGUUCACACAGAUGCAGUAAAUUGGUGCGGAGGCUUAAGAAAAGGGGCAAGGGCAACUGAAAAGUCAGAGCUUCCCUCAACUUCAAAACAUGCAGUCAGACGAUCUCUUUAUCCGCAAGUUUCGCAGGCAGAGCCCACGCCCGCCCCUAGUGAGAGUGAACUUUGACCCUAAGCAGGAUGGUGGUAGCGUGCGGACACGAGUCCUGGCAGAAUGGCCCCCUAGGAGAGAGGGAGAGGGAACAAACAGCGAGACUGUCUCCCCCAGCACAGCUGCACUGAACCUGAGGUCAGUAGGUCGUGGACAUAUAAUGCAGCGCAGCAACAGUGACGUCACCCUUGGAGACUUGGAUUCAGCGGGGCAAGUCGGGAGGAAGUUGCUACGAGUAGGGGGCGACAAAUCUGGGACUGGGGGGCAGGGCGAGUUCCUCCACCGAGAGUACGGUAGCCUGUCCUCGCUAGAAAGACAAACACAUUCUGUAGAUCCCAGUUCGGAAGACCAAGGUGUUCUCAGUCCCAAUGCCUUGCGCUUCAGAGAUCCGUUUGUUCUGCUGGGUCUGCAAGAGACACCUCCUGAGGUGGACGGCGUGUAUCAAGGAAACUGUGCCCCAGCGGCAGACAAAUCAAAACCGGUCAAGCCCCCCAAACCAGAGGGGCUCGGUAAGAAGGCUAAACCGUCCCCUCCGCAGGCUCCUCAGUUUUCCUGUGACCAAGUCCCAGGUGGUGCUUGGGUGCGUAAUUUUGCACACUAUGAUGUACAGAGCAUCCUCUUCGACCUGUCGGAGGCUGCGACCAAUCGGGACAGCAUCGGGCGCAAGAAGAACAUCACGUCCGGAGCGUCAGCUGCCUCUCAGCUCCGUCCGCUUUCACAAUCCACACCUUCCUCAGUUUCUCAGGGCAGCUUGGGAAGCGGGACUGGCUCGGAAGAUCUAGAGCAGUCCUUGCUGGAUGAAGGAGACGGGAACGAUAAUGAUCUCCUGCUCAGCUGUCCUCACUUUCGGAAUGAGAUGGGUGGCGAGGAGAGUGUGGGGCUCGGCCUGCCGCGGGCCGCCAGGCACAGGUGGAGGAGUCUUCAGAGUCCCAACAAUGCUGUGUCCGUGUUAGAGGAGCCCAGGGAGAGCCAUGUCCAGGCACAGGGGAAAAGUAACUACUUCAUAGAGCAUGCAGACCUUGGAGCUCGGUACUAUCACAAGUACUUUUACAUGAAAGACCACCAGAAUUUCUUUGGCAUGGACGAGCGUUUGGGGCCGGUGGCCGUCAGUUUCCGCAGGGAGGAAAAAGAGGGAUCAAGUGGGUCCCAGUACAACUACAGAAUCAUUUUCAGGACCACUGAACUGAAGACCCUGAGAGGUUCGAUCCUGGAGGAGUCCGUUCCCUCCGCAGCGCGCCACACCACGCCACGCGGCCUUUCACCCAAGAGACUGCUGGAGUUUAUUUUGCCCGAUCUCAACCUACAUUGCCUCAGACUAGCCUCCACAUCCCCUAAAGUCAGAGACACGCUCCUCAAGCUAGACGAGCAGGGGUUGAAUUUCCAGCAUAAGGUGGGCAUUAUGUACUGCAGAGCAGGACAGAGUACUGAAGAGGACAUGUAUAACAAUGAGAGCGCCGGGCCAGAGUUCGAUGAGUUUCUGGACCUCCUGGGAGAGCGAGUACGACUCAAGGGCUGGGAGAAAUACAGAGCUCAACUAGACACAAAAACCGACUCCACUGGUACACACUCACUGUAUACUCGCUACCAGGAUUACGAGAUUAUGUUCCAUGUCUCCACCAUGCUUCCAUACACAGCCAACAAUACACAACAGUUGCUGAGGAAGAGGCACAUAGGGAAUGAUAUCGUCACAAUAGUCUUCCAGGAGCCAGGUGCUUUACCUUUCACCCCCAAAACCAUCCGUUCUCACUUUCAGCAUGUGUUCAUCAUUGUCCAAGUACACGAGCCCUGCACUGAAAACACAUACUACAGAGUUGCAGUAACUCGUUCCAAGGACAUCCCUCUCUUUGGUCCUCUCUUCCCUAAAGGUGCACGCUUCCCACGUUCUCCUGCCUUCCGGGACUUUCUCCUCGCCAAAGCCAUUAACGCAGAGAAUGCUGCGGAGAAAUCAGAGAAAUUUCGCUCUAUGGCCACACGUACGCGGCAGGAGUACCUAAAAGACCUGGCAGAGAACUACGUCACCACAACGCCCAUUGAUUCUUCCACCAAAUUCCCCUUGCUGUCGCUGGGCGGAAAGCGCAAGGAGAAGCUGAAGGGAGCGAAAGGUGCGGAGCUUCACAGCGCUGGUGCUUUAGUGUGGGCCGUCACCGCUGUUCAGGGCGGCGAGAGAAACGGUCUGAGCCUGUCCUGUCUGCUCGGCGUGUCAGCAGAGUCAGUCGUGCUCAUAGAGCGAUCCACGCGAACCGUCGUAUUCAACUGCAGCUGCCGCGAUGUGAUCGGCUGGAAGGCCGUGACCGAGUCUGGAGCUCAGGGUGGCCCUUCGCUGGAUAUCUUCUAUGAGAGAGGCGAGGCAGUGACUGUGACGACUUCAGAAAGCCAAGUUGAGGAUAUCAAGGAGGUUGUCCAGAGGCUGGAGCUGGUGACUCGAGGCUGUGAGGCACGUGAGGUCACUCCCCUGCGGGACGGUGUCGGUCAGCCGGGCUUCCUGAUGAGCGAGGAAGGAUUUGUAACAGAGCUCCAGCGGUUCGGAUACGCGGAGAGCGGUGGGCUGCAGAUGGGGGCUCGUGUGGUUCGUCUCUGUGGGCAGGUCCUGGUGCACCUCAGCCUGGAAGAGCGGAGCCGACUCCUCCGCACGGCUCAAAAGAUCCACAUCACAGUCAUUCCUCCAGACGAGAACGGAAAACCACGCAGGAGUUUCUCUGAGCUUUACCAGAAGGCCAUCCAGGACGCAGAGAGCAAAUCCGGAGAGGGACAGUCAGGCGAGGCCUGGGUUCUGGAUGAUGACGAAGAAGUUGAGGUUAAUGGCAGUGGAGGGGAGAAAGAGGAGAAGAAACAGAUUGAAAAUAAGAUGACAGACAGGGAAACUCCAAAUCAGGUGAUACACGAGGAGCAGAUGGGAUUUCCGGAGGCCAUGGAAACAGAUUCGUUGCUCUCUCCACCCAGUCUGCCUCUCUUACGGGCCACUUCCCUGCAGGACAACAUGAAGAACCAGAGCCCUGAAGUCACCCCCGUCUCUCUCACACGGAGCUACUCGCUAGAAGCACACGCUCCGUACCAGGACAUCACUGAAGGGCGUGUAUAUGAUAACGUGGCACUGAAAGUGAAAAGGCACAUCUAUGAAAUCCCUGGAGAGCCCCGGGACGAGACCCCUGACCUCAUACUGGCAGUCAAACCCAAAGUGCCUCUGGAGCAAGAGCAACAGUCUGUGUGUGACCAGGGGCCUGAAGAGUGGCCAUCGGUCAGUGAUGUGACCAUGAGAUCUGCCUGCAUGGAAAAUGCAGAAAGAAACUCCAGAGCGCUGAGCAUCCAUAACUCCAUCACUAAGAUUCUCUCAGAGACCACAGAUUCGUCUGAGGAGGAGUGGCAGUCGAUCUCUGAUCUGGCCAACGCCUGUCGGAACAUUCUGGAAGCUUUGUCUCAAGAAGACCGGAAGCCAGGAGAUGGAUCACAGGCGUCCCCAGAAACACAGUCAGGUCAGACAGACACCAGGUUCAAAGAUAUGAAGGACAGUAACUCGCCUGGUCACCUUGAGGAGAAAGUGUCCCAGCUAGAAGCCAUGCUGAAGCGCCUGCAGGACGACCUCCAAAAGGAGAAAGAGGACAAGGCAAUGCUGCAAGCAGAGGUGCAAAGUCUCAGGCAGAACAACCAGCGCUUGCAGGAAGAGUCCCAGAGCACCGUGGCACGGCUCAUUAAAGUCACCGAACUGCUCUGCAACGUCAACAAACCCUGCUAGCAUCGAAGGCCAAACCAUGGCAGCAAGAAAGAUCAGAAGACGCAUGAAAAGGCCAAUGAAAAUGUUAGCGAAUCCCUAAAAUUGUCUCUUAAGUGACAAGACCAUCGAUAAGCCUUACUAGAAAAAGUGCACGAAUAAAAACUACAUUCUUACUCAAAUUAUACAAUAACAAUUAACAUCUCUGUUGUACCCUACAAUUAUUUUUAUUUUUUUUCACAUCACUGUGACAGCUUGUUAACAGUGAUAGCCUUCUGAUCUCAAUCAUUGGCUAAUGUUGUUCAAAAACAUCGGACUGUCCAAAAGUCAUUAUUUGCAACCCUCAGAUUCGACUUUGGAAAGCAUUUAGUGACAUGUUCAAAAUCAUAUUGUCUUUAAAUAUUUUCAUCAGAUCCUACACAGUGAACCGGAGGGUCAGAAACAAUCGAUCGUGUCCAGAUACCAAGCAAUACAUGAACCUUAUCUGUGGUGAAAUAGGUGGCUUCAGACUAUGACCUUCAGUGUAUAUACUAGAGGAAAACUAUUAAGAUGUCAGUGUGAUUGUAACCCUCUAUUAACCAUCACAGUAUCUGAAAUAGAUAGCCUUUUCUCUGUUGGCCAUGGGUAAAAGGCUUCUUACUUAUCUUAUUUUGAGUGGAUAUGCUAACAAAACAUCAGGAGAGAUGCAAACCGGCAAUGAAAAUCAUAAAAUGUGUGCUCUUUGGUGCACUGGUAAAUUUUUUUAUUGUGACCACCCUUGUGAAAAAGAAGUGCUUAAUCGUGAAUGUGCACU